AAAACGGGCAGAAUGCAAGUGUGUCAACUCGGCGCCUCACUCAAGGGAAUAUAUUUGUAUCAUAUUCUUAUUGUCAUUACUGAUUCGACAGCUAGCCAUUUUCUUAACUAAUGCGGUUGACCAAAUUUGAUUGCAGAGCUAAAUUAGCUAGGUUGUCGCGAGCUAGCUUGCAGAUUUCGUGAAUGUCGGGACAGCCUGUUCUACCUAAUUUAGCUAGCCGCUUCCCCGAAGUAUUGAUGUCGAAUAUAACUUGAAUUUAAUUGGCAUCCUAGCUAUUUGUAAAACAUAGCAACAAGUUGAGUACCGGUUUCCUUUUAGCUGUUAUUGUUAAUGCCAAUCCAGGAGUCUUAAAAGUAGCCUCAUCUAGUUUCCUAGCGAUAGCCUGUGGUUGACUUUGAUUCAUACAAGUGUUUAAGAUCGAUAUUUCUCGUUCUGAAAAUGUACCCUUUUCAGAAUUCGCUGGCGAACAAGUUUCAAUGAGUAGCUAGUCAGAAACAAUAUUUUAAAAUGUAGAUAAUCGUCGCAAACAAGGACAUUGUUGCUGCAAUAGUUGAACUAAAUCUCGGUAUCCAUAUUUCAGAUGUUUCAUUAGUAGAGUAUAGUCUACCAUUUAAUCGUAAAGCGUGUGAUAAUUGAAUGCCAGAUUGUAAAUAACGUACGUGAAUGGGUGUUGAAGACUCAAUUCGGUGGUAACAUAACCCGCUAGCGACCAGUUUACGUUCACGAUUCAGAUUCUCAGUGCAGUCACGAUGACUCUGGCGGAAAGGAAAGAAGCGGUGAUGAGAACGAUUAAAGAUAAACUAUAGAGAUAGUGUGCUUCGCUUUUCACGUUAUUAUACAAGCCUAGUAAAAAUACGUUUUAAAGCCGUAAUCGUUGUGGCAUGGCAGACAGUAGUCGAAUUAAACAUGGGAACUCCAGCACAGACAGUCCCAGCGCUAGCCCUUUCUCUGGGCGGAAGAAGGCACAGCAAUCCCCGGGUUCUCGAACCAAGUACCAGGUCGGGGCUCCGGGACACGGCUUCAGGAAAGUGACUCUAACCAAGCCGACAUUCUGCCAUCACUGUAGCGAUUUCAUAUGGGGACUGGUUGGCUUCCUUUGUGAAGUGUGUAACUUCAUGUCCCAUGAGAAGUGUUUGAAGCACGUCAAGACUGUGUGUUCCUGUGUGGCUCCAACGCUUGUGCGGGUACCAGUGGCCCACUGCUUCGGCCCAGCAGGCCAGAAAAAGAGGUUCUGCUGCGUGUGUCGCAAGCACCUGGAGGGAAGCCCCGCUCUGCGCUGUGAAGUUUGCGAGCUGCAUGUCCAUGCUGACUGCGCGCCCUUCAGCUGCAGCGACUGCCGAUUCUGCCACCAGGAUGGUAACCAGGACUACGACACAUACCACCAUCACUGGAGGGAGGGAAAUAUGUCAUCGGGAGCACGCUGCGAGAUGUGUAGACGCACCUGCGGAUCCUCCGAGGUCCUGUCGGGGAUGAGGUGUGAGUGGUGCGGCAUCACGACGCACGCCUCGUGUUUCGUCAUCGUGCCCCCGGACUGCGGGCUGGGGCGCCUGAGGAAAAUGAUCCUUUCCCCGGGCUGCGUUCGCCUCUCUUCCCGCAACUUCAGCAAACUGCACUGCUUCCGCAUCUCCGAGAGCUCCCAGACCGAGCUUGAUCAUUCAGACGACGUCGACACUCCACCUCCAGCUGCUUCAAAAGAGAACCAGCCUUCGUCGUCACCAGACUCAGGCAAACAGACUCUCAAGGUGUUUGACGGGGACGAUGCGGUCAGACGCAACCAGUUCCGGCAGGUCUCCAUUCCCCGUAUUACUAAGAAUGAGGAAGUUGUGGAAGCCGCACUGAGGGCAUUCUAUAUCCCAGACGAGCCACAGGACUAUGAGCUCCAGGUGUACGGCCAACAGGCCCUGCUCAGCGAUGACAUCAUCAACCGCAACGGCGCCCCUGACAACAAACCCGACAACAAGUCCGUGUUCAGGGAUAGUGCUCCGGAAGCCUGGAUCCUGAGAGCAAAACCGAGUGAUUCGGAGGUUGUCAAGAUCUAUCCGGGCUGGCUCAAAGUGGGCGUGGCAUACAUCUCCAUCUCCGUCUCCAGGAACAGCACGGCAGACUCUGUGGUCCAGGAAGUCUUGAAACAGCUGGGCAAGCAGGAUGAAAACCCUGUGGGAUACAAUCUGGUGGAGGUGUCCAUGAGUAGUAAACAAGUCCUGCGGCAGGUGCUGUCAGGCCAGGAGCUCGUGUUGGACAAGCUGCAGGAGAUCAGAAAGACGUCCCUGCGGCAGAUGAACCAGACACGGCUGUACGUGGUGGAGCGCAGGAACAGUGUGGUUCAGGUCUCCCUGAUGGUGGGGGGGUUUCCCACGCAGCUCGGCAGGGAGGAGUACGCAGACCUCCUUCAGGAACACCUGGCCAUCAAGAGUCACCUGGUCACUAUCACUCACAUUUACGCUGGGCAAGGUGUGGUGGUGUUGGAAAUCUCGUGUUUCUCCGAGGCUGAACGGGUCUACAUGCUGGCCAAAGACACAGCAAUCGACGGGAAGGCUCUGUACUCACUGGUCAUCCCUGAGAUCAUGCACGAGAAACUCCCUAGGGGCUGCAGUCCGCUCCUGGUCUAUGUCAACCCUAAGAGCGGUGGCCUGAAGGGCCGCGAGAUCCUCUACAGCUUCCGGAAGCUUCUGAACCCACAUCAAGUGUUUGAGCUGACCAGCGGGGGACCUUUAGCGGGACUGCACACUUUCCGAGACGUUCCGCACUUCCGGAUCCUGGUGUGCGGUGGCGACGGGACUGUGGGCUGGGUGCUGGGGGUCCUGGAGGAGGUGCGGCACAAGCUUUCGUGUGCCGAGCCCGCCAUCGGCAUCGUGCCGCUGGGCACAGGCAAUGACCUGGCUCGAGUGCUGCGAUGGGGUGCGGGGUACAGCGGGGAGGACCCCUUCAAUGUCCUGCUGUCGGUGGACGAGGCGGAGGAGGUGCUGAUGGACCGCUGGACCAUCCUGCUGGACGCCCAAGAGGUGCUGGAGGACGGCAAGGAGAACGGAAUCCUGGAGCCCCCCAAGAUUGUUCAGAUGAGCAACUACUGUGGCCUGGGUAUCGACGCCGAGCUCAGCCUGGACUUCCACCACGCCCGCGAAGAGGAGCCCGGCAAGUUCAACAGCAGGUUUCAUAACAAAGGCGUGUACGUGAAGGUGGGCCUGCAGAAGCUGAGCCACACCCGCAAUCUUCAUAAAGACCUGAAACUGCAGGUGGACAAACAGGAAGUCGAGCUACCCAACAUUGAAGGCCUCAUCUUCCUCAACAUCCCCAGCUGGGGCUCUGGGGCGGACCUGUGGGGCUCAGACAGUGACUCACGCUUCGGGAAGCCCCGCAUCGAUGAUGGCAUGCUGGAGGUGGUGGGGGUGACCGGGGUGGUGCACAUGGGUCAGGUGCAGAGCGGGCUGCGCUCUGGGAUUCGUGUGGCACAGGGGAACUACAUCCGCAUCACGGUGAUGAAGCCCAUCCCCGUGCAGGUAGACGGGGAACCCUGGAUCCAGGCGCCCGGGCAAAUUAUCAUCUCUGCCGCUGGACCAAAGGUGCGCAUGCUGAGGAAGUCAAAGACCAAGCAGAAGAAACAGUCCGGAAGCUUGAAGGAGACGAGGAGCGAGACCCCCCCGCCUAGCAACGGGGGCCACUGACUCGGACCCCUCUCACGGGGGUGCAGGUGGGGGCUCUGUGCAGCCCUCCUCAGACCUCACAGAAGCGGAGUCUGCCUCGGAAACGCCUCCGAAUGGGGUGACCUCUGUCACUGGCAGCAGAGGUUGUUCUUGGAGCAACAGACACGAGGGGGCGGGUGCUGCCACCCCACAUUUCCAUAUGUCCCUUUACCGGCCAAUCAGCACUUAGGCCUCAGUUGAAUCGAAAGCGCUAGGUAGGAC